AUGGAAGGGAAAGAUGAACGGACGGUGCCACAAAAGGAUCGUAUGUAUCCAAACAACUCGAACGGAUAUGUUACCGGCCAAGGACGUUCCGCCGCGACGGUGAUAACGUCCCCGACGACCGCAAGAAAUCCACACCAACGAGAAAAAUCUGCUCAUAUCCGUGAUAUGAUACAAAAAAUAAAUCCGUGCAGAGGAUUCACUCAAAGUGGUCGAUCUCAUUGCACCUAGGACACGGUCUUUGGACUACAGCUACGAUACCCACUUUAUUCUGAGCUCGUCAAGCCGCAACUGGAUGGACUGAGCGCAGAUAAACGAUGUGAAGGACCGUAA